AGCUCGAAAUCAAUAGGCUGUAAUUAGUUAUAAUUUUAAUUUUAAUUGAAUACUAUUGAUGAACAAGAUUAUUUUAUUAUUUUAGACACCAUGCAAAAAGCCUUUAUUGUAUUCCAGAUAGUUAACUACAUUGUGUCGACCACAGCAACAAUAAAACCUAGUAUAUCGAAUCAUGACAUUGAUGGUCUAAUAUCUCAUGGAAAAUUGUUUGAUAUCCAGGAUUAUCCAUUUUUAGUGUUCAUACUACUUACACGUUCCAAUGAUCAAACGUCUAAGUGCACAGGCUCAUUGAUUUCACCACUAUUCGUGUUGACUGCUGCACAUUGCACAGACGAAGUCGAUGCAAAUAAUAUAAUAGUGUAUCACUAUACUAAUUCAAUUUUUAAAACCAGACGAUUCGUUGAACACCUAUAUCAACACGAAACAUACGAUAAAAUCGCAUUUACUGAUGAUAUUAGUAUAUUAAAGUUAGAAAAUCCAUUCAAGUAUAUCAGCCGUUACAUAGAUUUAGCUGGUCAUCCUGAUGAAUUUAGUAACGCAACGAGCUUGAAUUGUACAGCGAUUGGGUACGGUGAUACUGAUAGUUCUAGAAAUGAUGAAGCGUUGGGGUAUAUGACAAGUUUAACUAUAAUGUACGGUUCCGAAGUGUGUUCAGAUAACAUUCAAAAUACUGAACCCUGGAGAAAAUUGAUUUGUUCAAAACCAAGUAAUCAUAGUGUUUGUCCUGGCGACAGCGGAGGUCCAUUAAUUUGUAACGGAAAACAGUAUGGAGUAGCAGGCUUCAUAUACAAUAUAGAUGACAUGGAUACAACAUGUGGGAAUCCUCACAUUCGAUGUGGAUAUUUAUUUGUUCACUUUUACAGUGAUUGGAUAUCCAAUGUUCUUAUAAAUACUGGGAACCUAAUAAAACUACAUAAUAAGUUGUUCAAUAUUUCAGUACUAUUGAUAGUAUACAGUUUAAUAAAGAAUAUUUUUUAGCACAGAUUAAUAA